AUGGCGACCGGUACCGUACUCAAGAUCGACGUAGCUCCACGAAAGCCUCGUAUCAGUCGAGGCAUCAGUCCCAAGCGCGAGCGCAAUCGCCCUCUUAACGUGCAACGCACUACUAGCUCUGGAGAGAUUCGUAAACGAGGUCUCGGCCGGACGACCAGCAACGAUUGGGGCAACGGCCACGGCGGAAGAGCCAAUGGCGGCAAUGCUACCUGGAGCGCUGCGGCUGCGGCACCACCCACACGAGGCGUCGCUCGGGCAUCGAGUCUCCGCGAUACUCGUAAGCGUGGUCUGAAGCGCACUACUAGUACCAGCAAUGACAAGGAAAACAAGCAGCCACCAGGACUGAAGCGCACCGUCAGCUUUGGAUCCGAGCAAGUCCGCACCGUACAAAUCGUAGACCCCGAAAGCAAGAACGAUGUUUGGUACACCAAGAGGCAGCUCAAUACGCUGCACAAACUAGAGAUCCGCAAGAACUUGCUCCAUCAGCUCCAAGCUGAUCGCACCACGUCCUCCAGCAAAAAGUCCGCUUUGGAAAACGAAGACUGCACUUGGAGAGGCAUGGAAAACCUAGAAAAGGAAACGGAGCGCCUGGAACGCAUUCAAUCCUACGUGAGAACCGUCAUCUUGGAACAUCGCUCCGAGACAUCCUCGGAGGAACUCAAGAGGAUCGCCAAGGCCAUGUCCAAGGGGGAACGAGAUCGCGCUCACUCCAUGGGAUUAAAAGACGAAAUGGAAGUCAAGCCCUCCCCGAGCAAGAUAGGAGGAAGACAGCGCAUUGGAAGAACGCUCUCGGGAUCACUCUCGUGGAUGAAACGAUCCAACUCUAAGCUCAUGGCCUCCUCCAAAAAGGGAGGCUCCGCCACUGCUGCGUAA